AGGGGUAACGUAACGUCAAAAAUGUUUGGGAAUUUUAAAUUUCUGUGAGUGGAAAGUUAAAAUGGGUUUCAAUUUAUUGAAAUUCAUCUAAAAUAAUGAUAUAAACUAUAGAUAACAACAGUAUUGAUGUAUAAAAACAUGGAAAAACUCAUAACAGAAGAUAAGUCGCGUGAAACUUUAAAAAAUGAAAUUACAGAGGAUGGCACAUCAUCUGAAAUGUUUCAAGCUUUUAUGUACGACUUAUUCGAAAAAAAUGGUAUAUUAAAUGAUGUGAGGGCCCAUUUACGGAGUCACAUAGCAAGUGUUCUAAAAAAUGCUUACUCUGAAGGUCCACUGCCAUGUAAAAAACGUUUUCUGGAACGCACACAGCCAACCAGUCAAGCUAUAAAUGUAUUAAUAUUAGAAUAUUUGAUGCGAUUGGAAUUCAAUUAUUCACUGUCAGUGUUUGUAUCAGAGUUGCCCCUCAACAACAUGGUGUUCAAGUUUUGCAAAGACGUGAAGAAGUUUGGAACUGAUCAAGAUUACUCGGGAAUAAGAUUUUCUGAUCAGGAUGUAUUGGCCAUCAUAUCACAUUCUGGUCUUGGGGUGGAUUCCGAGCACACUUCUAAAAUCUUGCAGAUGUACAAGGAGGAUAAACAGCCGUUACUGCUGUGUAUUCUACAAUGCAUGCCAUUGUUCAAAGAAACAAUGAAAGUUGAUAAUGCUUCUGAAGCAACUCUUUCAAGUAGCACAAAAAGCGUGAAUUCUUCACUACGGAACAGAAAACUGAUACAUAAAAAAAGAAAAAGAGACAAAUAUACGAAGCUUCAAAAAAAGUAUAGGGAAAGGAAAAAGAAAACCGAUGAGUUGACCUUACAUGACGACAUAUUGAAAGACGUAAAUAUCUUGGAAAGGAAGAUGAUCAACGAGAUGUUCAGUGAGCUACGCGCAGUGUACGAAGCCGAGGUACAACAAGUGCGUGAGAGUGAGCGGGACAGAGUGAGGCGGUGUGUCGCCGCCUAUGUGACGAGGCUGCGGGAGAGGCAACAGAAGUUAGAAGACUCCUACUCCCGUCGCAAGAGCGAGCUAGAGUCAUCAAUCACUGAGAGGAAGCGUUUUUUAUGCGCUUUGACGCGCCGCCUCGCCGCCGCCGCCGAUAGACAGAGACGCACUGAGGAGAAAAUAAAACAACAACUACAAGAAGCAGAGCAAACCAUUAGACAACGCGGCGAAGAAUUGCGCGAACAAAUAACCAAAGAACUACUCCUUUUAGUGAAACAUUUAGACGAAAUCAAAUCGGAAAAAGACACAUUGAACCGCGAGAGAAAAGACUUUGAGAACUUACGCGAUUCCCUAUCAACUUGCAAGGUGAUACGGAACAAUUUAGAGGGGCAAGACGAAGAUUGGGCAUCAAAAUACAAGCAUUUAGAACAAGAGUUGCUCUGUAUAAAGAGUUUCAUUAGAUCGUCAGCGUCCCAACAGAUUCCUUCAGAAAGUGUGUCGAAUACCAACGCAACGUUUUCCAAGACCAGUGGUUCGUUGAAUAAUGUGCAGAUUAGUGAGAAAAGUAGUGGGUUCAGUGAAGAGGGGGUUGGGUCGGUGAAGUUAAAUGCUCAGAAGGUGGUCAAUGAUUUGAAGGGAAUGAAGAAUGUUAAUUUUAGUUCGCCAAGUGUCCAUGAGAUCCACCGGUCCCGCGCCGUCUCCCCGCCGAGCGAGGAGGGGCGUCCCACGGGACAGAGUCUACUGACUGACAACGAACAGCUGAGGGCAUUCGCCAGACAGCAAACCGCCCACAUAGAGCAGCUGUCCUCGCUCCUGACUCGCCUGCAAGCGGAGCUGGGCGCGGCGAGAUGCACCAUCGAGACCCUGCGAACCACGCCCGUGAGGCCGGAGCCCUUCCAUGUGGCCGUGAGGAGAGCCAGUAACACUCCCGCGCAACCCAUAUCGGGCGCGGGCGAGCAGCUAGCGACGGUCCCGUGGGCGGCGCCGCGGGUGCUGCUGCCAGGAGACACGCUGCCCUUUGUGGGGGUGGUGGGGGGACCGGGGAAGAGACAAAAUGAGGAUAUACAAGUUGAGAAAGGGGAAUCACAAUAUCAUAAGAACUCAAAACAUAGCCAGGAUAACCAAAUUAUAAGAAAGAAAAGUUCAAAGGAUGUUCUGCCAAUAGAACGCAUGGAAUUUCAUCUCCUUAGAAACCCCGAUGUUGAAUGUCCAAAUAAUAAGUUAAAACAACAUGACAUACAAAGUUCAAAGAAAACGGAAUCCCCAGACAGACAGAGCCCGUCCACGGUUCUACGGGAAGCAAAACUGCGUCUCAAACGACUGGAGAUAGAAGCUGAUGCCGUGGAGCAAGCCUACCAGAAGUUCCGGCAGAGACAGCGGGGGAGGGAGGAAGGGAGGAGGGAAUAUAGUACCAGGGGAAAAGAGGAUGAGAGAGAGCAUUGUAAGUGCAUAUAUGGAUAUUUACCUUUCACUUUAGAAAGAAUAUUAAACAUGAGUGCCCGUGGCCAAAUAUGUUAUGUUGAUGUCCUUAUAAAUAAAUGUUUUAUUGUUCCAGCAUCAAGACCACAAAGUUCACAUAAUACAAUUGAAAAACGGAGGGACGAAACUCAGAAAGAGAGGUCGAAGGGCAAAGAAACUAACCCAUAUCUGGACGCUCUUGGUCGCUACAAACCUGCCUGUGACGAAUACAACAACAGAAAAAGUAUCGAGUCAUUUACUAAACCCAUAGUUAAAGCUUACACAGUGCUUAGCGAAGAUAACAUACCACAGGACAAAGGUAAUAACUACCUUGAAACACCUAUGCCGGAAUUCAGAAAGCUUUACAAAACCUCUAAUAAGUCUAAAAAGGUACCAAAGGCAAAAUACAAUAUACCAAUUGUAGAUAGUGUAAAUUCUGUAGAAGAUAAAGAAGUGGAAGCAUUUGUUAAAAAGCGGAUGGAAGAAUUAGCGUGGAAGGAGCUUGGUACUUAUAACUUGAAGAGAAUGAAUGCUGGAGAUUUCGCCGAUCCUGAACCAGCCAACCUGGAGAUAGAGACUGAUAUUAAACAAUAUGAAAAUCCCCCAGACAUAAAGAUAGAGACUGACAUUGAAAAUGAUGAAAUUUCAGAGACAAUAGAGAAAGUCGACACAGUUAAUGAAAGCCAUGUUGAAGUUCCAAGCGAGGUCCAACCUUCGUUGACUGAAACCAAACUAGAAGAGGAUGUUUUGAGUAAACAAGAGCAUAUAAAACAUACUGAAGUAAUCUCCGAACCACUUUCUACAGAAAUUAAACAUAGUCCUCGGGAUAUGGGAAAUUCGCCAAAAUCUAAACUUGGAAUUGUAAAUCAAUCACAAAAUCUAUCAAUUUUUGUGUCAGGUUCAGAAGUCACACAAACUAUAUUCGGCAAAAAUGGACAAAAAUUAAAUACAGAGAUGACAGUGGUAGUUAUACCGAAUACAGAAGAACUUAGAUCUCCCAAGGUAUCUCCUAUUCACACUAGAUCACCGGAACAAGAAGCUAAUAUCACUAGAACAGAUGUUAUGGAGGCUAUAUACAAUGAAAGCGAUGAUGUAAAACUUGAUAUUGAGUCUGAAAAAGAAGAUGAAUAUGGUGAUGAUUUUGAUCCGGAUGAUUACAGUGGUGACAACGACUUUGAUUUGUCCCCAGUUUCGUUGCCAAAAAGCGAUAGAGACAAAGAUAGCGAAUGGUCAUAAAAAGAGUAAAAUUUCAAGUUAUAACUUUUAUUUGUCAUCUAAAUGUUAACCGUGAAUUAAAACAUUAUCCCAUAUAAAACAUACUUUUUUAAUACAAUUUACUCUUCGAAUAUAAAAGUACAAACAUUCGUAAAUAUAUGAACGUGAACAAUCCAAGCAGUUCAGUUCUGGCAUAGUAUUAGCCAACAUAACAGAUUUAUUUAUAUUAUACCUAUUGCUAUACUAUUUCGUAUGUCUAUUUACAGUUUCAAAUUCAAAAUUAUUAUGGCGAAAAUAAAUUGUUUCAAUCAUGA